AUGAAGAUUCAUGGCAAUAAAAGGGAGAAAAGGGAGCUGCUGCGUGUGGUGACGGUGUUAGAGGACUCCUCUGCCUCCUCCUCUUCUUUUGCCUCCAGCACCUCACUGAAGAACCUGAAGAUGGAGUUGAAACUCAUCCAGGAGAAACAAUCAAUGCGGUGGUGCUCUCUUGUUCACCCUGAACUGGCGAUGAACUCCCCCGGAAUGCCGCCAGCCUCUCCAACCUAUCCCAUCACAGUUGAGGGUCACCAUGGGGGUGUCUCUGUGCCAAUAUGCAGAUGAGCCUGUGUCCCUCCAAUGACUCUAGCAUUAAGCCCCACCCCUCUCCAUCAGUGGAGGCUUUGAUGUGAAGUCCUCUCUCCCCCAGAAAAAACUCACAAGUAGGCAUAAACCCAUUCUCGUACAGACUUACAGUCUCCAUUGCUAAGGUGUUCUGAAGGUAUAGGACUGAAGUGCAGUGUACUGGUGUAACAGUAUAAAAUGUUUAAAGCUUUGCAUGACUAACUUCAUGUUAUAUGUUGGAACUUUACUCUGCUUUCUUGAAAACGUUGUGCAAACCAAGUUGAAUGUCCCACUGUAAUCAUGUCUACAAACAAAUCUAAUAAAUAUUUUAAAAGCAACAAUAGCUUCAUUCACUCAAAAUACAGCAUUGAGCUCUAAAAUAAAGGUUCUGACUGACUUGUCAAGGUGACUAUAGUGGCAAUAAAAACGUUCACCUUUUAUAAUGUGUUUGGAAUUUGUUUUAAGCAAUAGAAAGCUCCCAUCAGAUGAAACCAAUGACAAGCUACUCAAGAUGUUCAACUAUAGAGCACAAAAAGAACUGUCUCAGAAACAUGGCGGGCAGUGAGGGCUCCCUUAUGCGCUCUCUGCUGAGGUCAUGGCACAGAUUGGAUGCAGGGCCUGCCCAGUGGCUCUUGUUUGAUUAUUCUGUAUGUGUUGCCUGAGCCCGGUGAGGCUGCUUCAUUAUGUGACAGGCAAAGGAGAGUAUUUGAUCCUGGAUAUUUAGCCUCUUCCUCUCUGUCAUGGCCACUGGAGCCCUCUCAAGGUAAUUGACUGACUGUUUGAUCUCUCUCUGACUCUGCACUGCUACAAUAUGAUGACACACAAACACUUUAAACAUGUGAGAGUCGACCGAUGGAUGGACAUUUUUCACAGCCAUUUGUAACACGCACACACAGUCCUCAUUUGUGUUCAGUGAGGUAAGGGAACAGAGGAGCGGCUCUGAGCUGGAAACAAGGAAAGUCCUGCAUUGCUAUGGGCCAUGCUUUCUUCCCUCUGCACCAAA